AUGGCUUCUGUAUUACCUCUAUCCAAAGAGAAUUUCUACUGUCCGGUAUGCUGCGACAUCUUGAAGGAUCCUGUUCUCCUGUUUUGUUGUCACCGUGCUUGUGAGGUCUGUCUGCGGCAGUUCUGGACAAACAAAGAUAUCAAGGAAUGUCCAGUUUGUAGGAGAAAAUUGUCAAGGCGUGAGUUACAGUCUAACCCUGUGCUAAAGAACCUGUGUGAGGCUGUUCUUGAGGAGAAAUGCCAGAAAGCUCUUGCAGGGUCUGAGGAGCUCUGCAGUCUGCACAGUGAGAAACUCAAACUCUUCUGUCUGGAGGAUAAACAGCCCGUGUGCGUGGUGUGUCAGGAUACCAAAAAGCAUAAAAAACACAACUGUUAUCCAACUGAAGAAGUUGCAUUUUAUAAGAAGAAAGAACUGAAGACAACACUGAAGUCGCUAAAGAAAAAGCUGAAAGACUAUAACAAAGAAAAACGAGUUUGUUCCCAAACAACAAAUCGCAUCAAGAUUCAAACCCAACACACAGAGAGACAGAUUAAGGAGGAGUUUGAGAAACUCCAUCAGUUUCUACGAGAUGAAGAGGCAGCCAGGAUAACUGCACUGAGGGAGGAAGAAGAGCAGAAGAGACAGAUGAUGAAAGAGAAGAUUGAGGAGAUGAACCUCAGAAUAUCAUCUCUUUCCGACACAAUCAGAGCUAUAAAGAAGGAAAUGGAAGCCACAGAUAUUUCAUUCCUACAGAACUUCAAGACCACAAUAAAAAGAACCCAGUGCACACUGCAGGAUCCACAGAUGCUCUCAAGAACACUGAUCAAUGUGACAAAGCACCUGGGCAACCUGAAGUUCAAAGUCUGGGAGAAGAUGCAGGACAUUGUUCAGUACGGCCCAGUUACUCUGGACCCCAACACUGCUGGAAAACAUCUCGUGUUGUUUGAGGAUCUGACCAGCGUGAGAUAUGAAGAAAACCAGGACAAACUUCUUUACGAUCCAGAGAGAUUUGAUGAAUAUCCAUGCGUUUUGGGCUCUGAGGGCUUUAACUCAGGGACACACUGCUGGGAUGUUGAUGUUGGGGACAAUACAAACUGGGCGCUGGGUGUGAUCACAGAAUCCGUCCAGAAGAAAGGAGACUCUGUUCAUGGUGGACUGUGGUGCUUAUCCUUGCUUAAUGGUAAAUACAAAGCAGUCCCAACUCCACCGUCAAAGACUCAACUCAGUGUGGCCAAAAAAAUCCAGAGGAUCAGAGUGGAACUGGACUGGGACAGAGGAAAACUCUCAUUCUCUGAUCCUCUAAAUAACACACACCUACACACCUUCACACACACUUUUACUGAGAGAAUAUUUCCAUUAUUCUGUUUUAAGUGUAAACGCUCUCCUCUGAGGAUCUUACCAGUGAGGAUUGUUCUUCUGUAUGACUCACGAUUAGAUCUGUAG